CCUUUAUGUUAUUCCUUGUCACUAUUUCAUUUCCUAAAUCUUUUUCUAUCAGGAUUGUCGAUGAGAAGAGUGGAAGUAGUCAUGGUGCCGCUUUGAUCGAAGAAUCUUGUAGAAACACGAGCUCUUAUGAUUUAUGCGUAUCUUCGUUCAAAUCUAAUCCUAAGAGCUUUAAAGCAGAUAUCCUAGGUUUGCUAAGGAUUUCCAUUGAUCUUGCUAAUCUGAAUGCUUCCAGAGUUUUGCAUUACAUCGACAACUUGAUUAAGACCAGUAAAGACGUCAGUGCUAGUGUUAAAUGGUGUCGAGAAGAUUACCACAGUUCUAUGCAUGCUCGUAAUAAGGCAAUCGAGGCACUUACUGGUGGUGAUUACCUUUCAACCAACGUGGACAUAAGUGCUGCCGGUGGUUACACAUAUGAUUGCAAAGACGAAUUUACGAUGGCAUCACCAACAACAUCAUCAUCAGUUGGGUUGGAAGAACUUCCACCAGAAUUAGUGCAAAUGAACGAGAUCAUGCUUAAACUGGAUGAUAUUUCAAUUGAGAUUCUUUGUCGUAAUUUCAUGACGUGCGAUUAGCUUAAAAAGGAUGAAAAGAAAGCAAUCGUUUCCCUUUCUAUUUAUGCAUAUGUUUUUUAUCCGACUGCUAGCAGCUGAUAAAAUGUAUU